AUCAGAGCGCAUGCGCAGACACGGACCCAUUUGACACAGCGAUUUAGCCCAGGAGUUUGGUUUGGUCUGGUGUAAAAUCCACAACAAUGGCCCAGGACAUGACUCUGCUGUGGGGCACCGGCUCUCCUCCCUGCUGGAGGGUCAUGAUAGCUCUGGAGGAGAAGAACCUGCAGGGAUACAACAGCAAACUGCUUUCCUUCGACAAAAUGGAGCAUAAGUCCCAAGAAGUGUUAGAUAUGAAUCCCAGGGGACAGCUUCCCACAUUCAAACAUGGAGACAACGUAGUGAAUGAAUCCUAUGGAGCCUGUUUUUACCUGGAGAGUCAGUUUAAGUCCCAAGGAAACAAACUGAUCCCAGACAGUCCAGCAGAGCAGGCCCUGAUGUACCAGCGCAUGUUUGAAGGUCUUCCAUUCUACGAAAAACUCAAUGCCGUCAUCUACUAUGACUGGUUUGUCCCUGAAGGUGAGAGGCAUGACUCAGCUCUAAACAGAAACAAAGAAGCUCUGGCCACUGAGCUCAAACUGUGGGAGAGUUACCUGGAGAAGUUGGGCCCAGGCUCUUACCUGGCUGGACCACUCUUCUCACUGGCAGACGUGACAAUCUUUCCAACAGUGGCCACACUGUUUAGAUUUGGGUUAUCUGCAGAGCGUUAUCCCAAACUGGCAGAGUAUCAUGCUUUGGUAAAGGAUCGACCCAGCGUUAAAGCCAGCUGGCCGCCUCAUUGGCUGGAAAACCCAAAAGGACAGGACACACUGAAAGAGAUCUAAGAUUUAAGAGAACCCAAUUAACGGUCAGAUCCCAGUAAUGUUGAUGUAGUUUGAUCUGGAUGAAAAGUUUCACCACAUUCAGUAUUAGAUACGUCAAUUGUGUUGAUUUUUUUUUUUUUUCUAAGUAGCUAAAAAUGUUGUGAAAGAUGCCGACUGUUAUAAAUUACUGCCACAGUAGCUGAGGUUUUGUGUGUUGUUUAUUGAUUGGUUAAACAUUAAAAAGUUUAUCUGCCCUUAGUGUUCUCUCUUUACCAAUAAUCGUCUGGUACUUUACACUGUUCAACAUUCCAUCUCUGUGUAGUAACAGGCAGAGGGAUGAGAUCACAUUGUUUAAUUGUUUUCACACAUAUACAUUUACCAAAAAAAAGUUUCUCUGUUUUUUGCAUAAAUACAUAAAUAGAAAAUACAUUACACAAUACAUUUGGACUUUUAUGUCCUAUAAUUAUUUGAUGGAAAAUCAAUUAAACAAAGAUGGUUGCACUUCUUUCUUUAUUGACUAAGAAAAAAAUUCCAAUCUUGCAUUUUUUUAUGUGGCAAAAGUUAAAAGAUUAUGGAUUACUUUUAAGGGAAUGUCAGAGUUGUGUAUUUCAAUCAGUGGUUUGUCUGUGAAGUGUGUGUUGGUGUCUGUAGUCUGUGUCAUGGGUUUGUGAAAGUGGCUCAUGGCUGGAGCAAAGUACAUUUCUGCAGAGUGGGAGUGUUGGAUAAAUUAAUCAAAUAUGGCCUGCAGAGCUGGAAACUCCUGAUUUGAUUUUGUAAUGCAAGUAAAUUCACAAUGAGAACUCUAUCAAAUAGUUUAACUUUGCUUUUACCACUAAAAGCAAUUCAACCCUUAAACUUUUCUAUGUAUCUGUUCUAUAGUCUUUGUGUCAGUUUCUUCUGCAGGUGGAUGCCAGUGUGCUUACAUAAAGUGUGUGUUCUGAUGGGAGGUGAUGUUGGCUCAACUACUAAACAAAUAACUCUCAUUUGCUUAUAACCAUGACUUUUUUUGUAGGACUCAGGCCACAGUGGAUCCCAGGUGAGCCUCUAUGAAACUAAAGUUUGCUCUUUUCAUCUGACUUCCUAUGUACACAUGUCCAUUGAGCUCUCUGAACAAACUGCAUUGUAAAGUGACAUUCUGGGUCUGCACUUAAGUCAAAUAAAGCGAGAUGGCAAAGCCCCA